AUUACAUAACCGUCUGCGUCGUAUUACUGGACAGUACGGUGGCGUCAAAUAAAACACAGUAUAUGUUUGUUGAAGUUGUUGUCGAUUCAAAAAACUGUACUAACAAUGCCAACCGAUGGCAGUUACAGCAAGAAAUCGUGUUCGAGAUUUUGCAAAAACACACAGAACUUGGUUUAUCCAUGUCGGGAAGAUACUGUGGUUGUAAAAUUUCAAACCAGACUCGCUGUACAACUGGAGGUAUUAAGUCUGUUGAAAUGCUUAUGUAUGACAGUGAAACUGGGUCAAUCAGUGCCAAAGUUAGCACAGUUUCGAGUUUAGAAAAGGAGCUGCACAAUUUAACUACUGACAUGAUAAACCCUACAAUACCGCCGUUCUAUAUCUGCUCAAAUUUGGAAAUCGUGACUGAUACUGAUACAAAAUACACAGCAUGCAUUGCGAAUUCAACGGGACUUUUUAACAAUACCGUAAGUCAAGCCAGUAAAUCAGAGGCGGACUCCGGGCCAAGUAUUGGUACCAUUGUUGGAGCAGCUGUCGGUGCUUUUGCUGCCCUCGGGCUUAUUGCAGCGUCAGCAUGGUAUGUCCUUAGACAUUUGAAGAAUAACCACAUUGAGAAUUAGGGGUCAAGCAGUGACAUUAAUCCUAUAGUUACAUGAUUGCCUGAUUUAGGAGAGGCGACAAAUUCAGUGGCACCGGCUGGAACCUGUUAGUUUAAAGAUUUAUAAAAAAGGAAAUAAAUAAAACCAAAGCAAAAAAAAACAAAGAAAAACAUUCAUUUUUUUGUUUAUGUUUCUUGGUCUUCAACCUUUUCUGGUUGUUGUUUGUUACAUUUCAAAAAGAAAAACAGAUAAAAUUUCAGUUUGUUGGCCAGAUGUCGACGAAACAAUUAUUAUUUUGAUGUUCAAUACUGAUAUAAAAAUCAAUCAAUUUUCUUAAAGCCUGGCGUUUUACAAGUUAAUGACAUAAGAAAAAAUAAAUAUCAAAAUUUAGACCAUACUUACGUAUGUAUUUGCCACAGUAGUCUCUAAAGAUUAAAAAAAACUGUUUAUUUUUGUAAUUGUAAUUCAUUUUUAAAUUCCACGUAAAACUUAAAAAGAAACAAAGCGUGUUUUUUAAAGAUCCUGGAUGUGGUGAUCAAAGUGGUUAAGCACACUUAGUGAAAUUAUAUAUAAUUAUGUACAUAAUUAUGUUCAAACAUCGAAUAAUAUGUGAAAUAUGUUCUACAACUAUUUGUGCAUAUUAUAUAUAAUCAUUGAAGGGAUAUUCAGGCAAAAUAAUGAGAAAAAUAUUAAAAUGAUCUAAUGCACUCAAAUCACGCUAGAAUGACAUUUAUUAAAGCUUCAGAAUGAAUUUCUGAUUAAAUUCUAUAUAUUUUGGUUUUAAAGCGAAAAUAUAUCUAUAUAUGUUGAACAAAAUGUGGACGCCAAUAGAAUCACCGAAUAGUUUGAAAAUAAGUCAGGUGACUUGAACAAACCAUUGAAGUUACAAUAACAGACAGUGUGGAUAUUGUAGGAUUGAAACAAGUCUAAGUCAUUCAUUUGACAUGUUUUUUAACGUUUCCAGAGUUCACUGUGGUAACUUUUGUGAAAUCCUAGCGCUCUAACCUGACCCACGCGGGUCAAGUUAGAAAACCACAAUUUUAUUCUUUAUAUGAAGAAAAGUUUUGUUCCUUUGGCUGUCUAAUAUAUUCAUUUUGAGAGCAUUUACAGAAUAAUGAAUGAAAUAUUCAAAACUAAGAAAUGAAAAUUUUGCCUGUGUCUCCCUUUAAAAUAUAUAUGCAUUCAUUUCUUAUUGUAAAAUUUGACUUAAACUUUAUAGAAAAUAAUUUUUAUUACCUCCCUUUAUUUACAUGGAAUGUUAAUUUCGGUUAUAUCUUUAUAUUUAAUGCUUUUUGGAACCUACAAUAUUGAUAAAUCCUAAUUUGAGCAUCAUAUUUAUGAUUGUAAACAAGAAAAAAUUUGUUACAGGAUCUUUAACUGUUAUGUUUUGAAAAGUUAAUAUUGCUUUUUCCAUAAAGAUUUGUUUCAAUAUUUAAGUGUGAAAAGCUAUAUAUUUGCCGUCUCGGAAUGAUAAAUCGAGAUAAAAUGUAAACAGCAUACUUAAAAUGAGAAAAAAGUGUCAGCAUAUUUAAUUGAAAUCGAGUGGGGCAUUAUGCAAAAAUAACACCAAAGCCUUUAAAAAUAGCAGCGCAUAUUUUUGCGACAAAUUAUUCUAUUCACGUGAGUUAUCCAUAUUAAAUAACUUAGACAGCCUAUGUUACUCAUUUCUUUAGAAACAACCUAAAUGUUAGAAAACAAUUUAUCUUUAGGGUUUUUUUAAUUUUCUUAUUUAGAACAUUUCAUAUGAUAAAGCUUUACAUCUUUGAUUAUGACAUUUUGUCUUUAUUUCUUUUUUAAAAAAAGGUUGAUCAAUCAAUUAUUAAAGUUGUUCAUUACUUGUUGUUGAUUUCCUUUCUAUAAAUUGUUAAUUUAAUGCUGUUGUUACUUUUGUUAUUUGUAAUCAUUAUUGAACAAUGCUAUUGCAUAGAUAAAUAAUACGAUGUAUUUGUUUCAAUGAUAUAUUCUCAUAUCAACUGCAACAUUUUUAUUGUCCUAUUUGCUUUUACACCGUUUGAAGGUUGAGUGAAAAAAUUGAUUUCCAAUCGAAGGAACGUUUAUCGUUCUGAAAGGCGCCUGGUGUAUAUUGAUACAUGUACAAUGUAUCACCUAUAACGGUUUGUAAUAAAACACUCCUCUAAGAUUAGCCAUAAAACAUGGUUUAUUUCGGAAUACAAUAAGAAACAAGAACCAAGAAGUAAUUUGUUUAUCUUAAAGAUUGCGAACGAUAUCAAGGUCUGUUGUUUAAAAGAUCCAUUACUCCCAAGGAAUGCUUAUAUUAGUUUUCACAAUGUUUUGUUUUUUUGUUUUUGUUUUUUUUUUUGUUGCAUUUUUGUUGGGGUUUUUUCAUGUACUUUAACAAUUUCCAAAAGUUACACAUUGGCUAAUUACUUAAGCCAUGUUUUUUAUUCAUUUGACUCUUGGCAAAUAGUAAAGUUUUUGUGAUUAAGUAUUCUGUAUGGUAGCCAAAAGAUUACACUCCAGAUGAACCAAAAUAUUUCGAUAAAAUCAAACCUGAGAAAAAUGAUAUAAGAUUUUAGGAAAAGUAUAAAGAUUGAAAAUUCAAGUAAUAAUUGAGAUGUUAUUAGCAAUUAAUGACCGAUUUUUUAGUAUAAAUAAUUAUUUCUACUGCGUUACUAACGCAGUAAGGGCUGUUUUUGCAUAUUUGACCUUUAUAUGGUAAUUAAAAUGUACAUGUUAGUGCCAUCGAUAAUGUGCAAAUUGCAUUCUUUUUGUAACUUCACAAUAUUAUACUGUUAAAUAUAUUUUCAAUUUUUAAAAAAAAAAUAGCAUGCAUCUGGAGGCGUACUGCUUUAACCAUCAUAUUUGCCUUAUGGAAAUUAUGUUUGCUGUUUUCUUUAAAGAAGUAAAAAAUAUAUAUGUAUUCGUUUCUGAAGAAUAAAUGUGUUUACAAACAUGCAGGAAAUCGACUAACAAAUAUACGAAUACAUUUUGAUCGUACUGAAUAAUCGGCCUUUUAUAUUACAUUAUUAUACUAUUUUAUAUUAUAUUACAUGUAUAAUAUACAUAUCUAUGACAAAUAAUUGUAAUGACAAAACGAAGUAUUUACAGGACUUACGUCUAGUAUAAAAGCACACUAAAUGGAGCUUCUACUACCGAGAUAAAAAA